AUGCAUUUGUUUCCGGUAUCGCAAUAUGCAUUUGCCAUGUGUAGCUAUCGUGAAAAGAAAGCCGAUCCAGCAGAAUUCAUACAGCUUGAUGGAUUCACAAUCGAUUAUAUGCCGGAACCCGAUCCAGACUUGUAUAAUCAAGGAGGCAAAUAUUUUUUCACAGCGAUCAAAGAAGGCGAUGAAUUAAAAUUUGCGACGGAUGACGAAAACGACAGGCAUUUGUGGGUGCAGGUAUGUGUUCAUUCUUGA